AUGCGCUACACGGAGAAGGCGCUCGAAUCCGCCAGCGCCAAGGGCCAUCUCGACGUGCUGGACUGGUGGAAGAAGACGAGCAGAGCGCGCCAGGAUUCCAAUCACCCGCUCCCGCUCAAGGUCGGCAAAUCCAUCCUCGCGGCCGCCCAGUCCCGCCGCCCCGCCACGGUCGCCUGGUGGGAUAAUUCCGGCAUCCCCUACUCGCACGAAGAAGGCGUCGCGCGGCUGGCGUCCACGCACGGCCACGUCAGGGUCCUGGAGCUGUGGCGCGAGCUGAAGGGCAGCAAGAUGAUCUUCGAUAAUCAGGUCUUGGUCGGCGCGACCAAGAACGGGCAUGCCGACGUGCUGGAGUGGUGGAAGACGCGCAGCGGGAUGCGGAUCGAGUACAAGACCUGUGAUAUCGAGGAGGCCAUGGAGGAUAGCUUGGGCGGCAGCGGCGAGGCCGAGGUCAGGGAGUGGUGGGAGAGGAACGGCUUGAAUCUCGGCGUGGGCACUAGCGAGUGGAUGAAGGUUAAGAUGUUGGGAAACUGA